AUGGUGAAGGACCAAUAUCAAUUAUACGUCAUAGACGAGUUAGCAAAGAAAUACGGCGUCGAAGUACUAAGACUUUCCCCUUACCAUUAUGAAUUAAACCCCAUUGAGUUGAUUUGGACUGAUGUAAAGGGGCACGUAGCUAGAAACAAUACUACGUUUAAAUUUGAAAAAGUUAAGGCAUUAUUAAGUGACGGUAUGGCGAAAGACACGCCUGAUCGGUGGAAGAAAUGUGUGGAGCAUGUUCAAAAAGAAGAAAAUAAGUUUUUCAAACUUGAUUUUAUUGUAGAUGACGUGACGGUUAAAUUUAUUAAUACGUGUUACAGACUCUAA